AGAAAUCUUCAACUUCCUUGUCCCCAACAAAAUACAUAACCUAACAAAUAAUAAAGUCUUACUUAUUUGCAUGUGCCCAAUAAAUGUCAAAUAGGUCAGAAUUGAGUUAGGACAAAUAAAAUAAUGGGCAAAACAUGAUAGUUGGAGUCAAAAAUGUUUUUAUUACUUUUCACCUUUGGUUUGAUAAAUAAUACAAAAAAUUCAAAUCAUGACUAAAGUUCGCUUUUCUGCGAUAUGUGCCCCUUUAAUUCCCACAUAUCUACUUUGAUUGAUAUCGGAGAACAAAGGACUUGUACUUAUCAAUCCCUGUCAUAUGACAACGCUAUGGAAAUGGAGUACAGAGUUCUGCCUAUGUGAUCAGUGUACCUAUGAGAUUGUUACAAGAUAUGGUGGUAGUGACUGUCGUUGGCUGUGUUGAAUGUGUUAUUUCUUCUACUUGCAUUGGGUGCAGAUUCUACCAUGAACCAAACCUAACCUUGCCUUACAUCGUCAUAAUCUGCACAAAGAAAGAUGGUACCUGCAGUGGUUCCUAGUAAUAUGACCAAAGCAAGAGGCAAGAAAUUGCAGCAAAAGAAGAACAAAAGUCGUGGAGCAGUGGGUCCAACAUUCUGUCAUUUAUGUGGAAUUGAGGCUGAGGAUAGCGUUGCAUUUCAAACCAUCCACUUGGAGGAACGUCGUCAUAAGUACAAUUAUCUACUUGCCUUAUUCAAGGAGAGGAGAAAAACAAAGGCUAAGGAUCGGCAUGGCGUGAAGGUUGAUGUGUUUAGUAGAGGAAAUAAAGUACCGUCAUCUGCAGAUGGCACUGUGAAGAGCAUUAUAGAUACAGAAACAUCGAAGCUCGAUUAUGAAUUUGAGGUUAUGUACACUGGAGUCAUGAAAAAUCGGUACAUUACGUUAAUACGAGUGAUGCUACUGCACCCCUACAAGGCAUUCAGAGCCGAAGAUGACCUUGACAUCUCCACUGGUGCUGAAGUUAAGAUUCGAUUACAUAAAGGUGCGUCUUAUAUGGUUAAAGUGACAUUCCAAAACUGUGGCAUUGGAACUUACGGUGUGCCUGUUUGUUUCACGUUUGAACGUGAAACAUCUUCCUCGAUGAAAGUGUUUGACAUUAUUAAAACGAUGGUUGUGAAUGUGACUUUGUCGGGUCACUCGAUUGGUAACGCAGAAUCACACAAAGAGAGUCCGUUCACUGGUGAACCGUGGCUUGGUGGGAAUGUUACUAUACCUGGGAAUUUGCGUAAUGGGAAGCGGAUCACGCGACUGCUGAAGUACUCCAUCCCAGACGAGCUGAAAAUACUUUUUGGACAGAAUCUUCUGCCUUGGGAUGGCAUAGACCUGCAUAUGACAAAGCAGUUGCUUGCGCUUUUGACAUUGUUUGAUGAUAAUCUGGGUAAAGAUAAUUAUGCAAAUUAUUUCCACUCGCUCCUCUACUUGGAUGAAUAUGAGACCUUGUACAGUCUGGAGCGAUACAACAUGUCAAAUGUUUCUCUUGAAAUUGUUAGUGACAAAUGCCUGAAGUUGGAGGUUCCAGGACUUGCUGAGCGGCGGCCAUCUGUGUUGAAGAGAGACCUGAUAUACAUCAAAGAGUUUGUAGGGAGAGAUGAAUGGGCGUGCACUCAGUAUGAAUGUCUCGUUGCUGACGUCACGGACACUUACAUCAGGAUUUGCGACUUUGAUUCAAAGUUAAUGGAGAGUCUGGAGAGCAAUCCAGACCUGCGAUUCAGCGUGAGAUUCACUUUGAACCGUUUCCCAUUUUAUGUCAUGCAUCAAGCAAUUGACCAACUGGUGGACAAGGGCAUGUUUCAUGCGGUGUUCCCUACGGACCUCAACUUUCCUGUGCUCCGUAUAAAAGGGCACAUAGAGUUCAUCAACCCGUUGAUUGAAACAAAUCCAGAACAGCAGAAAGCAGUGGAAAACAUUCUCCUUGGAACAUCCCGUCCUGCGCCAUACAUAAUCUUUGGUCCACCAGGUACUGGGAAAACCGUGACUGUUGUUGAAGCCAUUUUGCAGGUUAAGAAGAAAAUAAGAGAAUCUUACAUUCUCGUUUGUGCUCCUUCGAAUGCUGCCUGUGAUCUGUUGGCCCAGAAGCUCAUUGCUCACUGCACAACGGAGGAACUUCUUCGCCUGCACUCAUCCUCUCGAGAUUGGACUGCUGUUCCAGAAGACCUUCACCCAUACAGCAAUCGUAGUGAAGGCACGUACUCCUUUCCGGACGAAAAGCAGAUACAGAGUUACCGGAUUAUAGUGUGCACCUUGAUCAACUCAGAAAAGUUACAGCAUAAGGUAAACGGUGCCGACUUCACGCACGUAUUCAUUGACGAGUGUGGUCAGGCAUUGGAGCCUGGAGCCUUGGUUCCUUUGGCAGGAAUCCUUGGCAAAGCUUCCAGAGAUCAAGCAGGUGGUCAGGUAAUUCUUGCUGGAGAUCCGUUGCAACUGGGGCCGGUGUGCCACUCCAAGAAAGCAGAGGGGUUUGGUCUCGGAUUAUCGCUGCUGGAGCGUUUGAUGAUGAAAUGCGAGCUGUACAUGAAAAACACUGAGGAGGGAAGUUAUAAUAACAGGUUCAUCACCAAAUUACGCCGUAACUUCCGAUCUCACGAACUCAUCCUUGAGUUACCAAACACUUUGUUUUAUGAUGGAGAAUUGAUACCGGCAUGUGGCGUAGAUGUGACCAAUGACAGGGUCAAGAAUUUGGAAAAUGAUCCACGUUUUAACCUUGCUGUCGUUUUUCAUGGAGUGUUGGGUCACGAGAAGAAAGAAGGCAGGUCUCCCAGUUUCUUCAACGAGUAUGAGCUGGAUGCUGUGGUUUGUUAUGUUGGCAAACUCCUGGAAGGUGGACCAUCACGUGAACCAGUAGAGCAGAAAGAUAUAGGAAUCAUAGCACCUUAUAUCAGACAGGUGUACAAACUGAAGUACAGGCUGAAGCAGAAAGGCUGGGAGAACGUCGAGGUUGGCACCACAGAAAUAUUUCAAGGCCGUGAAAAGCGCGUGAUCCUCAUCUCCACCGUUCGAAGCAAUCGGAACUUACUCGCCCACGACAGCAAAUUUGGAUUGGGCUUUGUAGCGAAUGCUAAGAGAUUCAACGUGGCAGUCACGAGAGCCUGUUCGCUUCUGAUAAUCGUGGGCAACCCGCAUCUCCUGGAGAACGAUGCAAACUGGCGGAACCUUAUCUACUUGACGCAGAAACUCAAGUCGUACAGAGGGUGCAAGUACAGCCCUCGCCGUGAUGACGCAUGGAUGGAACAAGUAAUAAAUAGAUUUGAAAAGUUAAGUGCAGACUGAUGAUUACAUCGGCUGAUGUUCCAUCAUUUGUCUGGUAUAUAAAUGAUUAUGGAAUGUAUUUUUGACGGAUUUAUUCUGUAUAUGCAAGUGACGCUGUACGUGUGGUGUGUACUGCAGUUACAACUUGCACGUGAUUUUAUUGUACUUCAAAAUGGAUGGUAUUUUAAUAUGUUUAUUUUUUAUUAAAACAGAAUAUAGUUGUUAAGUCCCUUAUGUAAUAAUCCUUGUCGUUAUUGUGUUAGGUUGACUUGACUUUGUCGGAAAAAUGUUGAUCUUUGUAGACAUCUGGGUUGAGCUUCAAAUUGUGUAUUUCAUGUACUGUGGUACAAAAAUGAAAUCAGAACCAGAUCCACCUCCAUGUAACACUCUCCCAACAUCCCCCUUGACUUUUGAGUUAAGGUUCCCCUGAUUUCAAGGCUCCUGCCCCAGAUUUGAAAUUUAUUUUUAACUGUCAUAAUAUUAUGCUGAGACUUGGCAACACUGAUCUUAAAAAAACAGGAGAAGUACAGUACGCGACUGUAACCUUGAGACUUGCGAGGAAUGCAGGAAGUCCGAAGCGUCUAAGGCUGACGCUAUCUUUCCUCCUUCACCCCACUUCCUCACCCCGCAAGUCUCAGGAUUACAGUCUUAUACUGUAGAUGAUUUGUUAAGAUCGAGACGCGGUGUGUUUUAGUAAACGCGUAGAUUAAAACCAUGAAAUUUGUGUUGACAGGUGGUCAACCUAACAGUAAUUUAUAAGAUGUUUGUUUAUAUCAAUAUGUUUGCUGCAAGUGAAAUCACUGUGAUGUUACCACUAUAAAUAUAUAUUUAAAUAAAUUCCAUCCAAAUGAUGUCAGGUACAAUAAAUGUUUUAUAUGAAUAUUGUUUUAAUAUACUGAAGUGUUUUUUCUUAAACUAUAUUAUUAAAUAUUGUAAGUCUGUUUUUUUUCACAAAUAUUAUGUUUAUAAAUCAUCAAUUUUUAUCUCUUUCAUUCAGCCACCAUGUUGUUAUUUCACAUGCAAAGUGUAAUCCUACAUCAUUGUAUUGUUCUGUUGUAAUUGACGCUAGUGUCAAUCACAAGUUUGUCUGUCAUUAUCAGUUGUAGGAAAUUAAAAGGUAUUAUUUUUUGGUUGGCGGCAUCGGUGUUAUGUCUAUACCAAGUUUAAUCCAAAUCUGUCCAUCUGCUUCAAGAUGAAUCAUGCAGACAAGUGGACUGUCAAACUGAUAUGGACAGUGAUGUACGUGUUCACUUUGUGAAUAUUUAACGAACUAGUAUUUAAGUAAUAUUAUGACAAACACCCAACAAAAAAAGUUCUAUGUACAUAUAUUUUGCAAA